AAUAAAAAAAAAAAAUUCGAUAAGAUUAAGAAUCAAGCUGUAAAAAUGAACACCAAUAAUUUAUAAGAUCACAUUAAACCUAAUUAAACACACUAUUUUAAUGAUGAAUAGUAUGCUUAUUUUCUUAAGACAUUACAAGAUAGAUUUUAAGUUGUUGAAAUUUGCUGUCCGUCUUAAACUAAUUGCCAAAUUUGCAAUAAAUUUUCAAAUCACUAUUCUAAUCUAUCUAAUUAAGCAGAUGAAUUUAAGUAUUCAGAUUCUAAAUCCAUUCAAGUAUUCGUUAAAAGCGAAAAUUAGUCUAUUAUAAAACUCUUCUACAGAAUAAAUUCAUUUCAAUUUCAAAAUUAGGAGCACUUUGAUAAAUUAUAAGUUACCUUUGAAUAAAAUUUGUAAAAAUCUUCUCAAUAUGAAGAAGAAAAACAAAGCUUCAACAGUUAAUGUCUACCACACAGUAGUUUGGAGGAGGACCAAAUUAAAGAAAAUAACACAUAAUUUAAUAAAUCUGAAUUUGAAAAUGGGCAGAGUAACUAUAACAAUACUCUAUUUAACUCCUCAUAUUUAAGCGAAACUUACCAAUAUGAUGAAUAAACACUAUAGCUUCAAAAUUUAUAAAAAGGACCUUUAGAAGCAAUGAGAGCAAGCUAGCUUUUAUUAAUUAAUUAAUUGUAUAACUAAUAAAAUUUUUAAACUGAGGAAUAAAACGAAUAGCAGAUGGAAAAUUAAUAACUCGACAACGAGUUUGAUUAAUAAUAUAUGGAAAAUUUAACUUUUGAGAUUGGUUUUAGGAGCGAAUGA